UUAAUACAUCAAUUUAUAGGUUUUGCAUAUUUAGAAAUAAAAAGGGUUUAAGUUCUGUGAUUAAAAUUCAUUUUGAAAGUCGCUAUGGAAUGGAAAUCAAAUAUUGUGUUAAUCUUAAUGACAUUGACUCUACUGAAAUGUAACUGCGAUUACUUCUCAUCCAUUAAUGGUUUAGAAAAAUUACUUUAUGCCGAAAUGUAUUUAGUCGAAAGUUUGGAAAUUUAUUUAGAAAAUGAGUUGAAGAACUUACAUGCCUUAACGCAAUAUCUACAUAUAGAAGAAAACCUAUUAAUACAGACUAAACAACAAAAUGAAUUUAAUAAAAAUAACCCACUGCUUAUGCUAGAGAUGCUUAAACGAUUAUCCUUAGAAUGGAACAGAAUAUCCAGCAAUAUACUUAAUAAUUCAAAUGUUGAAGGCUUCGAAACAAACAUUAAAACUUACUUUGAUGACCCUACUGAAUUGUACCAACAACCAGAGUACUCUGAUCUUAUUGGUGCAGGAAUGGGAUUAGUUAGAUUACAAAAGACCUAUAAAUUACCGACAAGUGAAAUCGCAAAUGGAACACUGUUAGGAAAAAAAUAUAGCGCAAUAUUGACUGCAUGUGAUUGCUUCGAAUUUGGUAAAUUAUUGCACAAGCUUAGUUAUUUUAAAAACGCCAAAGAAUGGUUUCUUCUAUCACACACAAAAUUUGUAAACGAAAUGGGUGAUAACUGCUAUCCACAAUUAAAAGUUACUGAUAUUCUUAAUUAUAUAUUCAAUUCAACAAUAAUUGAAGAUGAAUUUAACUUUCAAAAGAAAAGCCUUACUACUUUCGACCAAGAUGAGUAUACAUAUGAUGAGAUCAUUGCUUUUGAUACUGAGUUUGACGACGAUGAGCUGAAUCAAGAGUAUAUAGCGGACCAUAACGUAAAUACUAAUAUAAAUUCAUUGAAUAUAAAUGCAUCCUAAAUUCAAAUGUAAUACAUGUAAUACAUUUAG